GGCCAUGUUGAGGUAGAGUCGUCAACACAAAGCCUUUAUGGGCAGGUGUGUUACCUGUGGCUCCCUAAGGAAACACUUCCUAGCGUUCUGCCGCCACAGCUGCCCGACAGAGCAACCAAAGAAUGAGACGACGGAAAAGAUCAUAAAAAUAGUAUUCCUCGUCACUGCUUUAAUUUACUGCAAUCCGCAUUCAUUUCGGAGCUUGAUCCUGCAGUCAGCCCCGCACAGGUUUGGGUGGCAGACGGAGGAGGGAAGAACUUCCUGAUAAUAAAGAGGUGCGUCUUAUUUCCAUUCCAGUGAUUGACUGCGCACGGCUUUCACCGCCGGAGCUAGGGGCAUUGACGCAUUGUGGAGUCGACAGGGGGUAGCACUGCAACCCCGGCUUCGCUACACAACGGAGGCAUCUAUCGGCGAAACCGCGAUGGCCGUGGUGCAGCUCGACACGGAGGACCAUCAACCUGAGAACGGCUUCGUGUCCCCCGAUAGUACGUCGGGGCUGCUGACACGCAUCGACGGCUCUAUUCUGCCGUUUCUCGGGGGAUUUGGGAAGUACCAGAAACAGCUGAUCGUGCUGACAUGGAUCCCGGCGUUAUUCAUUGGAUUUAGCCAGUAUUCUGAUAAUUUCCUCCUUGCGCAGCCGAACAACACAUGUAUCCAGCCUUUGGGAAACCUGACUAAUCAGACUACAAGCCAUUCAUCGCUGUUAGACGGUCCAAAAAACAUCAGCGCGCGGCCAGCUCAUAUUUAUGCCAAUAGAAGUUACAGCGCCCAAUAUGCCGUUCACAAUGAAACGGCCAACAUGCAGUGUAGCUGCAGUGAGUGGACAUUCGAGCUGCACACGGGACUUGUACAGAACGUGGUUACCAAGUGGAGUCUGGUGUGUGACUCCGCAUGGAAAGUCCACAUCGCCAAGUUUUCUCUGUUGGUGGGAUCCAUCUUUGGAUACCUGACGUUUGGAAUCCUUGCUGACUGGUUUGGCCGCCACCCGGUGCUGAUCAUUUCGGUGCUGUUCAUGCUGGUGUUUGGUCUGACUGUGGCCUUCUCUGUCAACGUCCCCAUGUUCAGCACCCUGCGCUUCUUUGAGGGCUUCUGCCUGGCAGGGAUCACCCUUUCUCUCUAUGUCCUCAGGAUUGAGCUGUGCCUGCCAGGAUUGCGUUUUUCCAUGACCAUGGUGGCCAGUUUUGUGGUGUUGGGUGGUCAGCUGCUGAUGCCCGGGAUGGCAUACCUCUGCCGGGACUGGCAGGUACUCCAAGCUGUCAUCAUCUGCCCCCUGCUACUGAUGCUGUCCUACAUCUGGAUCUUCCCUGAGUCACUGCGUUGGCUGCUGGCCACUCAGCAGUACUGCCGCUCCAAGUGGAUCAUGGGACACAUAGCAAAGAAAAACCAAGUGAACAUGGAGCUUGACACCGACAAUAUCCUCACAGAACUGCAGAGAGCUCUUCAAAAGAAACCCAAGAAGACGUGCAUUGUGAAAAUGGUCGGGACAAGAAACCUGUGGAAGAAUAUUGUUGUGCUCUGCGUCAACUCGCUAACAGGCUAUGGGAUCCACCACUGCUUUGCCCGCAGCAUGAUGGACCCCGAAGCUCAGGAGACAACCAUGUUCCAUAACUUCUAUGCAGAUUAUUACACCAUGGCAGGCAUUGCGCUGGCAUCCUGCAUGGCACUGUGCCCGGCAGUUGGCCUAAUGGGCCGGCGGGGUGGCCUUCUCAUGUUUAUGAUCAUCACUGCCCUGGCGUCACUGCUGCAGUUGGGCCUGCUAAAUUUGCUGGGGAAGUACAGUGGCCAUCUGAACAUAGAUAGCUCAGGUACGCUGAAUAAGAACUUCUCCAUCGCCUUCUCCAUCAUCGGCAUGUUCUCUUCCCAAGCAGUCAGCAACCUGAGCAUCUUCUUCUGUGCUGAGAUCACACCCACUGUGAUCAGGGGUGGUGGGCUGGGCCUGGUCCUAGCCAGCGCCGGCUUCGGCAUGCUGACUGCGCCCAUCAUGGAGCUCCACAAUCAGAAGGGCUAUUUUCUCCACCAUAUUAUCUUUGCCUGCUGCACUCUAAUCUGCAUCAUCUGCAUUCUCCUGCUGCCCGAGACGCGCUUCCAGCCCCUCCCUGAGACCCUGGCUGAUGGCGAGAGCUACACCCGUCAAUCUCUCCUUCCACCGAGGAAACCUGGAGAACAGCGCCUCCUGCUGGCUCAAUCCGAGAGCAGUAGGGACUACACCAGGGUACAUGACACGCCACUCCACGAAGCAGCCGCCACCGUGGUGUCCACUAUGGACUCCACCGCCUCAUCAGCUGUUGAUUUGACCGUUCUGUCGGUCGGAAAUAUGUCUGCUCCCACGUUCAUGGAGGUGCACCCUGGCAAGCCUGAGCUUAAAGACCCCAACGGUCACUCAGUUUUACCUUUAUCCACAACCCCCAUCACAGCCCUGGGUAAAGACGGCAUCAUACAUGCCGGUAGAGAGCACCUGCUGUCUUCCACUCCGUUACACAAACCCCCAUGCGUCACAGACCCACUUUUAGCCGAUGCCGAAGAACCUCCAGCAGAAGUCCUGGAAUCUAUUGAGCCAUUGACGGAUUCUGCCAUUCCUAAAAUGAAUGACAUUGGUCCUUCCCCUACAAAAGAGUCAGCCACUACCUCUUCCCCUCCAUUAGACCGUUCCACUCCCCCGGUCCCUCAAACUGUGCCUGCCUCCCUAUUGAUCUGCACCACACCCAUCAUCGAGCCCCCGCCUAGCUCCACGUUAGAAUCCCCCAACACAGUGGGAAAUGAGAUCGACAGUAUAGCCCCGAAAUUCGACCCACCUUUGCUAGAGGCCGCUAAUGCCACUUUAGCAGACUCCCCUACUCCAUCUAUGCAUGACAGCCCCCCUCCAUCCUCUACCCCCUCUCCUGUUCCGAUAACAGAUUGCAACAUUUCCACUGACCCUCCACCCUCCAUUAGCACACACUCUGACAUUCCCAUCAAGUUAGAAAUAGUGGAAGAAUCUACAUUUGCUCCUAGAGACUCCCCCAUAACUCCUGUCAUAGACCCCCAACCACCACAGUUAGACUCUACCUCUCCCUGUGUUAAUGUCAUAUCCCCUCGUUCCUCUACUUCCCCUAGCCCGGUCACUGUUUCCCCUUCACCCACUCCCCCUCCACCCAUUGAAUCAGGCCAUACACCCUCAGCGGCCUCUUCCACUUCCCCUGUCAUAGAUACUCUCAACACUACUGCACCGAUUCCUACCAUCCUCCCCGUCACAGACAUUGUGCACACCUCCACUCCGGAAUCUACCACUCUGACUGUUCAGCCCACGCAGGAUUCAGCUGCAUCCCUUGCUGUAGAUUCAGCAGCAACUUCCAUCACAGAUUUAGGUGCUACAGAAGCAACUCUCCCCUCUCUUAUGGUCUGCACCGUCUCCUCCCCCAUAGACUUUGGCGUCCUUUCCACCAGGGACAGUGCCAGCACAGAAAACAACACUGUCAAUGGCGUGGCGUUGUUAUGAUCCAGUGUUGCAGUCAGGAGACGAAGCUUUACGGUUGCACGAGGAAGCAGCCCACGCCACACAAAUAACCAAGAAGGGGGCGAGGAGGGGGGCACAAACUGUCCUACUCAGACUUCAGGCACUUACUGAAGAUUGUCCUCACCUGGAGUUGAGUAGACAUGUCUUACAGAGAUGCUGUAUGUUUCUCAAUGCCCCCCCCCCUUCCUGCAUUUAGCCAAUAAAUGAGACCACGCAAGUGAGAGAGUGCCAGAGGCUGGUUUGUGACAAUGUGACAGUAUCUUCUGCUCUUUUUUAAUGUCACUGGAAAUCACCAGCCUAUAAACUACUUUGAUGUAAAUGAAUGGGAAAUCACUGUCUGUCAUUUUAAAGAGACUUACAACUAUACCCACAAUCACAGAGAGAACUGGUGAGAAAUACAAUGAUGCUAAAAACAAACAAAAAUCAAAUCACUGGUACUUUUGCUCAAAUGAAAUGUCUGUCUAACAUAUUUAUACAAAAAUAUCGCCUUACCUGUAUGGACAAAAAAAUCUGAAUGUUACAACAUACUUUUUGCCGUUACAGAGGUAAACAAUCCAAAUUGGAGUGAUUUUUCUAAAUACAAUGCCAAAAACUACUCUGACCAAAAUAAAUGUAGACAUAGUGCCAAAAAAAAUAGUAUAAGAGUAUUUGCCUGUUAGGGGAAAUACCGUUUAGUGCAGUCCCCUUUCAUAGACUAUAUGUGGAUUAAAGUGAAUCAGAUGAACCCUUUUCCAAAGUUCAGAAAUACAAAAUAAGUAGUCAAUUGUUUAUCAAAUUAUUGAAAGAAUGAAAGCUAUAUCACCAUUUAAUGAAUUAUAAUUGAGAUUGAGAUUGCUAAAUUGCUUUCAUGAACACGUGGUUCAUUGUAUGAACAGCGAUAUUAGAGAAAAGAAUGACCCAUAUUUUGUCGGUCUGAAAAAAACUUAUUUUUCCAAUCGUUUCAGUCAAUGGAAUUUAUGGUAUGCAAAUGCUUUUAUUUGUAAAUGUGAUAUUGUAAGUAAAUGCAUAAUUAGUUGUUGAGCUUGAUUAAGUCUUUUUUUCUAAUUCAAAGUAUUUCGAAUAAUCUCCCAUGGCGUGCCCUUAUUGUACAAAGCUAUACUACAUUCUUACAGUAUUUGUGGCACCUCAGUGUGGUGCCACCUUAUUCUUUGCAGUUGGGACAAAGCAUGAAAAUAAUUGUGACCGUGUCAGCAAAACAAACCUUAAAAGCAAACCUUAAAAAUACACAAAAGCUAUUUUUGAAAUGAAACCAAUGGAUGACAAAAUGUUCGAUGUGAUUGCCAACUGUCACAGCAAAGCUAACCUUUAGUGUGUUUUCCAAAUUAUGUUCUAGUUCUCUGUAGUUUAUGUACGUAUGUCAAUGUGUUCAUUCAUGCACAUGCACAACUAAGUUUACCUUA